AUGGCGAAGGAUCCUCGGUGCAAACCAAGACCGGUGGACAGCCCGUCGUCAACAAACAGAACCGUGGGUGCUUUCUAUGUGAUGGCAACCACCGAAUGAGGGACUGCCCUAAGAGGAGCAAGUUGAAUGCUUUGAUGCGGGAGUCGGAUAGUGAGGAGUCGGACGAGACGAGGAGUGCGAAUCCGAUUCAGAUGUUGAGUGCUUUGGUCGUGGACAAGGCACCCAACGGCACCAAGGGCUUGAUGUAUGCUUCGGUGCUGAUCAAUGGCAAAGAAGUGAAGGCGAUGGUUGACUCGGGAGCAACACACAACUUCGUUGCCGAGAGAGAAGUCAAGAAGUUGGGCUUGACUCUCUCAAAACAUGCAAGUCAAGUGAAGGCUGUAAAUUCAGAGGCGGGGCCGGUGAAAGGCAGAACCGAUGUCGAUCUUGUGAUCGGUUCUUGGAAAGGGCAGUGCGGACUGACUGCCGUACCACUAGAUGAUUUCGAUGUGAUAUUGGGGCAAGAGUUCCUACUUGCUGCCAAGGCUGCGGUGAUACCGUUUCUCGGAGGGUUGAUGAUUAUGGACGAAGAGCGUCCAUGCUUCGUUGAAUGCUUGUACGUGACGAAAGCAAAGGCGGGAAAGAAACCGGUGGCAAGGUUGGCUGCGGUGCAAUUGGAGGCAGAAUCGAACGACGAGGAGUCAUCGAGCCUAAUUGCAGUCGUUGGAACCAAGACGGUGAAUUCCCGGGCUGGUUUGCUUGUACGUGCGUUGCCGAGAAAUGAGUCGAGGGCAGAAGGCAAGUUAAGGUAUUCAUUUGGGCUUAUGAAUGGGCGUUGUGGCCUUACUUUUGUUCCAAGUUGCUGCCGUGCGUGGCACAACUCGUGGGUUCGAAAUGUGGUAUUCUCUGAAUUUCUGUGGCAUGUUGGGUUUUUCGUGGGCUGGUUUCUGUUGUGGAUGAAAUGGAAGCCGUGCUUGGGUGAUUUCCGUGGGUUGGUGAUCUCCUUUCUCGAUCGGUGUGGCAAUCGAGAUAAAAUGCUAGUAGUGCCAAAAGCUAGCAUUUUCACUUGUGGUUGGGUGCUGCCGUUUGAACGUGGUUGGCGUUCGUUUUUCCGAGGGCUGAAAGAACAUGUGGGAUGUUCGUGGGAUCAGACUUGGGAGUUGGGAUUCGAUGUAGUGCUGGUGCUGAAGCACAAUCGAAAACGGUGGCAAGACAAGUGGAAACGAGGAACAGAUGAAGCCGAUGGUGUCGGUUCGACGAGGGCGUCGAACACCGUUGGUGGGGGAGGUCUGUUACCCCCUUAAUCGGUGAUAUCGGUAAU